CAGUCCUACCUGUGCACUGCUUCCGGAUCGUGACGUCACUCAGGUGUGGCACAGCAGGGAAUGGCGUCUUCGGUUUUUUACUCUCUUUGUGUUCUGAGAUUGUUGAAGUGAAUAAACAAGAGGGGAGCUGCAGGGUUUAGGGAAUGUUGAUGCGGAAGGAAGAGCUGAUUAAAGCUGGAUCUCUAUCGCGAUUUCCCUCUUGAGCGUGUGUGUUUGUGUGUGUGUUUGCGCGCGGUUCAGUACACACUCCAGAGGGUCUGAGCUAGAACACACUGAUCAGAUCCACAGCACGUUUUUCUUCCCCAUAUUCAGUCUCACACCGAUCGCACUCGACUCAGAAAAGUCUCACCUUCUAGAAUAGGAAAGAGAGGAAAAAGUCGGUUAGGGUUUGAGAUGGCGAGCGUGGAUGUGGAGGCGAGUGAAGCGUUUCCUGUAGAGAGAGACGGUGUGGAUGUGGAGGAGCAGGAGGAGAGCAGGGAGCUGGGAUGCCAUGAUAGGUUCCACGUGUCCGUGUCCAGAUGGAUGCUGCCAGAGGACCUGCGAGAGACUUAUUUGGAGAGAGCAAACUGCUGCCCACCGCCUAUCUUCAUCAUCCUCAUCAGCAUUGGAGAGUUGGCGGUUUUUAUUUAUUAUGCCGUGUGGAAGCCACAGAAGCAGUGGAUAACUCUGGAUGACGGAAUCUGGAGGAGUCCAUUAAUUUAUAAACCUGACGAGCGUGAGGAGGCAUGGCGUUUCCUGUCCUACAUGUUCCUACAUGCUGGAGUUCAGCACAUCCUCGGAAACCUGAUUCUCCAGCUGCUCCUUGGGAUCCCAUUAGAACUGGUUCAUAAAGGGUUUGAGGUGGGGAUGGUGUACCUCGGCGGUGUUCUUGCAGGAUCAUUAGCGAGCUCUAUCUUUGACCCCUACAGCGCCCUCGUCGGAGCUUCAGGAGGAGUUUACGCCCUGAUCGGAGGUUACUUCAUGAACGCUGUAGUGAACUUUAGAGAGAUGAUUCCCCUGCUUGGAGCUUUCCGCAUCCUUGUCAUUGUCCUCAUCGUGGGCACAGACGUGGGCUUUGCUCUUUACAGACGCUUCCUGAGUGACGCUGCAGGAUUAAAGGUGUCGUUUGUGGCUCAUAUCGGUGGAGGAAUCGCAGGAAUGACCAUCGGCUACGUGUUCUUCAGUAACUACAACCGGAAACUCCUGCGAGAUCCUCGCUUCUGGUUCUGCAUCGUGGGCUACACCGUCUUCCUGCUCUUCGCUGUCUUCUUCAACAUCUUCCUGUCUCCGGCUCCUCGCUGAUAAAACAGUGGAGCUGAGACGUGGGAACGCAGCCUUGUCUGAAUCUCCAUCAACAUGCUGUUUACAGACGUCCUCAGGUUUAAUGCUGAGAAAUCAAAGACUAAAAAAUACACAGAAAUCUUUCAGAUAAAUGUCAUUUGAAUAAAAGUCAGAAAAUAGUUUUAGUGCUGUUUGAAACCUCACUGCUACAGGACAUGAACACCACAUGGACCUUUAGUGAGCUUUUCAUUCUAUUUCAUUUAAUUUAUGGUGCUUUUCCAUUUUUGGGGGAUUUUCAGGGUUUUUAGGGUUUUGUUUACAGUUUAGUUUGUUAAUUUUUUACAGAAUCAGCAAGCACACGUUUUUCUAAAUUUUCUAAUGUCUGUGUGAAUGAGCUGUUACUAUAGAAACGAGAAGGUAUCAGAGCGAGUGCCUUAAUAUAAGUGUUGUUAGAGAGAAUUAACCAACACCAGACCACCAGUUCAGCACUUAGCAUUAUAUUAUUAUUAUUUAUUAUUAUUAUUAUUAUUAUUAUUAUGUAGUCAUAAUUCAAAACCAUAUUAUUUUGUAGUCAUAAUUCAGAUUAGUGUGGCACGCAGCCAGACAGAAGUGUUUUGUGUGUUGGUGUAAGACUGUGUGGGGUUAAGUUUCUGGGUUGUUGAUCAGAACCUCAAGACCGCAAAAGCUACAACUGCUGGGCCAUUGAGCGUGACCCUUAACCCUCUGUGCUCCAGGGGGUGCUGUACCAUGACUGACCGUGUGCUUUCACCCCAACUUUCAAAAAGCUGGGAAAGAUUUCACUGUACUGUAAUGUAACGAGUGUCAAUAAUAAAGGCUUCUUCUUCUACUAUAAAACAUUAUAAGGAUCUAUUGUGCCAAAAGUACAAAUUUCAAAUGUUCACAGAUUCUUCUUUACUGAUCAGCGGAGACCUGCGUGCCAGUGUAGCUAACAAGCAAUGGAAUAUUAUAGCCUUAAGCAUUUUGCGUGUGUGUGUGUGAGAUGAGUGUGUUCUAAUUGAAGUCUCAGGUGUUUGUUGGAAACAUUGAUCUUUAAUCUGAUUACAAACCUGAACGAUAUGAAAUUAUCGUUUUAAUUUAUGGAUUAUGGAUUGUGUUUGUGUUUAUUUCCUGUUUUUAUGCUGUUACUUUAAGGGGAAAAUUUACAUGGUUUUUGAUGGAAAUAUUAGAAACCUGUUAUUUGUACAGUUUGAAGUUAUUUUUCAUUAAAAGCCAUUUUCAAACUUUAAAA